AUGAAUCGUCUGAUUUUCUCUGCCUUCCAUUCUGCUACAGGUAUUUCCACGCUUUUGCUAAUAUUUAUUAUCAUAUUCUGUAGAAAUAAGUCAGUGGAUGUGGCUACGGCAUGUUUAUUUUGUCCAGCGCGUUGCAUAAAGAUAUACACUCGAACCGGCGACUCUGGUAAAUCUUCCCUUUUCAACGGAGAGCGUCGUGCAAAGACCGAUGACGUCUUUCACGCACUGGGGUCUGUUGAUGAACUCUCAUCUGCUAUCGGUGUGGCCGUGGCAAAUUUAGAGGGCAUAAAUACUGUGAACAAUAAAUAUGACGUCACACUUCUAAAAGAGAGACUUGAUAGAAUCCAGUGUUUGCUACAGGAUGUGGGCUCUUGCGUCGCAACUCCAAUUGAGCCCAGGUCUAGCGAGACAGGAGAAAUUAGACCAAAACGAUACUCUCGAAUCCAAUUCCAUGAAAGUUCUAUUAGUGAUUUAGAAAUGUGGAUCGAUGAAAUGACUAGUGUAUUACCUCCAUUGCGUCAGUUCAUCCUUCCCUCUGGCGGUCUGGCAGCAGCCAACCUCCACCUCUGUCGGAGUGUGUGCAGAAGAGCGGAGCGAACUGUGGUAAUACUGAAUAGCGAUGCCGAAACCCCUAGUCUGGAACCCGAGGUGAUAAAGUUCCUAAACAGACUUAGUGACUUCUUAUUUACUGCUGCACGUUAUUCUUGCUUUGCUGCUGGCUGUCAAGAAAAGAAAUACAUGCCACCGAGAUAG